GUUAUCUCGGUGGAAGAACCGGGAGUGAUAGUGUGAUAUCUACACAUCGAUUAAUAUGAAAACGACUACGUUAAACGGUGUAACGGUUUUGUUUUUGAUUUUGUAUUUUUGUCGGUAAAUAUUAAAAAAAAUAUAUAUUAUCUAAAAAUUAGCAGUGUAUAGUUGUAUCAAAAAUGCAAGAGGCUUGAAUACGACAUUGAUGAAUAACGACUCCUGGCCGUGAUGCCGGCUGCAGACUCAAACAAGUUCGUCACGAACAGCUUACCGGAGUUCCUGUUGCUCGUCUCACAACCGCCGGAAACCGUGUUUACCAUGGACGCAAUGCUGUUGCGGGACCUCCACGAGGUGAUCGUAUGUUACGACGCGCAAGUUUUCUACCGAAACCGGGGCGGCGUGGACGGGCCCACCGUCGGCCUAGACGAGUUUGUGUUGUACUGCGACAGCAAGAUCCAGCCGCAGCUGAUCGACGACGACCGCGAAGGCCCUCCUGACCGAGGUUACCGAUGUUUGAUGACCGUCAGCGACCUGAUCCGGACCGAACCGUGGGCUCGGCUUUACGGCGUCGUCGGUACUCGCGUCAUGCGUCGCUUGCUGUUCGACUGUCUGCUGUUCGUGCCACUGGGCCGGCACGUAUACUAUUGCGUUCGAUCUCCGUCACAACUCGCUGGCCGGUACGAAGUGUUGCAGGCGUUCCGGUCCCGGGCCAAUUCGCGGUGGACGCCGAAGCUACCGCCGCCGACGCCACGGAAAUACUUUAACAUCGGCGGGCUGUUACGAGACGUGCAACCGAUUGGACAGCAAGACUCGUCCGAGAUGUUACGCGGCAUAUUGCAAACCGAAGUCACCGGCACGACGGCCGGUCGUCCUCCGGACGUCAGCGCGACGUGUCUCGACCGGCUUGCUCGCAAGCUCAAAGUGAUGGCCGACAAGGACACUUCACGCGCGUACUGGGACAUUUACCGGGACGUGGUGGGCGAUUGCGCGUCUGCCGAAGUGCCGUUGUGCAGGGUAAAGUCGUUCGCCAGGACAGUGGUGCGCAAGAUCGUACCGCGAGAGUUGUUCGGGACGGCCGGUAACCGCGACCAGUUCUGCGACAACCUGUGCCAGGUGCUGAACGGCGGCAAGUUACACGAUUACGCGGUGCAGCACGUCGUGCACAGGAUCAAGGUUAAAAAGAUCAAAUGGCUGGACGGCGUGUCCGAGGACCGGCGGACAGAGAUGGCGGCCAAAACGCUGGUGUGGCUGAUCAACGCGUUCGUCUUCGGCAGGAUCGUGCACUGCUUCCGGAUCGUGACGACCACCACGCCCAGCAACGGGGUCGUGUACGUGGUCAAGGCCAAGUGGGCGAACAUGUGUCGCGAAAAGAUAUCGCCGAUGAUGGCCGACGACAGCGAGUUUUUCCGGCGGAUCCAGCCCGACGACUCGGAGCCGUCGUCGUACAGGAACUGGAAAGUGUGUCCGUACGCUAAACCCAACGGGGUGCGUUUGAUAUUCAAAUUGCGACGGAAGGAAGGCGUCGUCGAGAAGCGAUUGACGGACGAUUGUCUGACGUUCUUGCGGUGCUUGUCGCGCUCCCGACCCGUCGAAUACCGGUCCGUGACCAAGACACAAUUCUUCCGCGAGUGGAAGGCGCUCCAAGAGACCCGUCGCGGCUCCGCCGGCACCCUGUACUACGUGCGUACGGAUUUCCGGGACGCGUUCACCAGCUUCGUGCACGACAAACUGCGGACGGUCGUCCGGGACCGGAUCAAGGAAUGUUUCGGCAAAAAGCGGACGACGGUGGCCGUGCACACGGUGGACGUGGUGAAAAUCGGCGGCGGCGGUACCGUGUACUGCAAGAAGCGCCGGUACGCGGGCGGACUGCCGACGCCCGAGUUCCAGGGCGGGUCGCUGGUGUUCCACGACAAGACGGACGCGGUGCCGUUGUUCCGGAUCUGGGACACGGUGCGCCGGUGCAUCGGGUGCAACGCCGUGGAACGGGGCGGCCUCCGGUGGGUGAUGACCAGGGGCGUGGUGCAAGGCGACCGAUUGUCCGUGGCCCUGUGCGACCUGUUGCUGGCGGAACUGCACGCCGACCGGCUGACGGACCUGGUGGACGGCGAGUCGGGCUGCCGGCUGUACCGGUUCGUCGACGACUAUCUGUUCGUGUCGCCCGACCGCGACUCGGCUCGUCGGUACCUGGCCGCGAUGCGCGCCGGGUUCGACGAGUACGGGCUCCGGUUGAACCGGUCCAAGACCGAGACGAACCUGGACGUCGUCGGAGGCGGCGGAAGGACGGUCAAAUUCUUGGGUUUCCGGUUGAACGCGGCCACGGGCGAGGUGACCAAGGACGGCUCGGCGUACCGGAACCGCCGGCCGCUGCACUUCUUCGACUACGGGCUGGGCCGCGGCCGGCCGGGCAGGGCGCUGUACGCCAAGGUCGGCCGGCCCAACUGGCAUCACAUGCCCGCCGUGCUGGUCAGCAAGUCGUUCAACUCGGCGGCCACGGUGGCCCGGAACGUGGCGUCCGUGGUCGCGUACAAGGCGUUCGCCGUGGUCGCGGCCGUCAAGCAGUAUUUCUUCCACCUGAAUCCCUUGUUCCUGGUCAACACGGUGCGCGCGGUCGCCCGCAUCGUGUACGCCGACGCGCGCGCCUCCGUCCGGUACUCGGCCGUCACGCCAAUGCAGUGCAAGUGGAUCGUGUACGAGGUGUACGCCACCAUGUUCCGCGCCCAUUUCUCGCAGGACGAUCACCGAGUCGCGUCCGCCGUGCGUCAGAUCAGGAGCGCUCAGACCGCCGUAGGACGCAAGUGCGUCACCCGCGUCCUGAGAACCGCGCUGAGACGUCACGAUUUCGCCAAAAUGUUCGGUUGACGAAUUCGCCCGCGACCCACUGUUGCUGCCGUCAUUAUAAUAUACUAUAAUAUAUUGUUGUCACGUCGUGUUAUUGUUAUUGAUAUUUUAUAUUGGUUUAUUAAUUUUUAAUUUUAUUUAAUCGUUAUUAUAAUAAUAUAGCAUCGUA